GAACAAAAGCUUUUGGAUGCCAAGAGAUGUUGGGUGUCUAACUGAUGGAGAGAUGGGUUAUGAUACUCCCUCCAGAAUUGAACCAAAGCGUGCUCAUCAACGGUCUUUGGAUGUUUCUGAGCAAGAACUAUUUAGCAACAAGAAGCAAGCAACAGAAACCAUUAACUGCAGAUCCUUUCCAGGGACUUCCAAUGUGAAUAUUUCCCUAAGGGAUAACACUUGUUUCCAACCAUUUUUAGAGCAGUAUGGCAACCGCCUAUUUGGAUAUGAACCCCUUCGGACUUUCAACCUUCCUGAGAGGAACAUAUCCUCUGUUGGGUCUGGAAAUUUGCAUAUGGAAAGAAGGAAUUUUGAGAAUCAAUUUGGAAAUGAUUGCUUGGACAGUUUAUCUGCUUCUCAUGCAAUGGAAGAUCCCUCAUGUCUCAGUCAUGGUAGUAAAAAUGUUAGAGUCAAUCAAGUCCGAGAUUCUGAUAAUAGUAUGUCAAUAUUGAUGGGGCACUUUCCUGGUAGGGAAGAUAAUAAUGCAAUUUCAGUGAGCAACACAUAUAGUAAGAGUGACAACACCAUAGCAUUGGGACCAACUUAUAGCAGUGGAGAGGGGAAAACAAUUCCAAUCAAUCCCAUCUUCAAUAAAGCCAGUGAAAAUCUCAUCUCAAUGGGUUGCACUUUUAGUAAGGGAGACAACACUUCCAUGUUGAUGUGUCAUAAUUAUAACAAGCGAGACAACAGUAUCUUACUGAUGGGGCAGCCCUUUGACAAGUUGAAUGGCAAUUUCACAUCAAUGGAUCCGCAAAGUGAAAAGGCAUAUGGCAAAAUCAUAUCAACAGGUGCUGUCUACAAUAUGGGGCAUGAGGAGUUGAUAUCAAUUGGCCCCACCUACAACAGGGCCAGUAAAAAUUUUGUUUCAGUGGAUCCUGCUUAUGAUAAAGGGGAUGGGAAUACCAUCUCAAUGGGUUCAACCCAUGAUAAGGCGUGUACCAGUGCUGCAUUAAUGCGUACCGAGCAUGACAAGGAAGAUUUUAGCAACUUAUCAAUGGGUCAGAACUUCAACAAGGAUGAGGGUUUGACCAUGUCUUUUGGAAGCUUUCAGGAUAAUCAUGAGGCAAAUUAUGCCUCUGGCAGUAUCAUUAGGAACUGUGACUUUUCAAUUAAUCAACCCUCGGUUGAAGCUCCAAAAGAGCCACAAGGUCCAGGACAGAAAGAUUUGGUGGAGUAUUAUUCUGGUUCAAUUUUAAUUGCUGAUCCAGCGGUUACUCCUAUCACUGAUACCGUUACCAGGAAUAAGGAGCCGAAGACACCUAAGAAGUCUCCUCCAAAUAGCUUUCCAUCAAAUGUCAAAAGCUUGUUAUCAACUGCUAUACUUGAUGGAGUUCCUGUGAAGUAUGUUUCCUGGUCGCGGGAUAAGAACCUUCGAGGGCUUAUAAAAGGGACUAAUUAUUUGUGCGGAUGCAAGGACUGCAAGUUCUCCAAAGCCCUCAAUGCUUAUGAGUUUGAGCGUCAUACUGGUUGCAAGACAAAGCACCCAAAUAAUCACAUUUACUUCGAGAAUGGAAAGACCAUUUAUUCGGUAGUCCAAGAGCUGAAGAGUACUCCUCAGGAAAUGUUGUUCGAGGCCAUUCAAAAUGUAACUGGAUCUCCAAUCAACCAGAAGAAUUUCCAAAUUUGGAAAGCAUCAUUUCAAGCUGCAACCCGUGAACUUCAGCGUAUCUAUGGAAAGGAUGAAGUAGUCAUGCCAUCUUGAUAUGAGUAUUCUGCUGCUUCCAUAUUUAAAAGGUUGGUUAAUACCCAAUCUGUGCAUAAACUGAAUCGUAGCAAAUUUAUUGGAAUUUUAGAUGGUUAAGCAUGUGAAUGCUGCUUCUGAUUUUACUUGGAUUUUUCCUUAAUACCCGAAAUUAUUAUUCUGGGAUUUGAAUUUUGGAAGCAAGCAUUAUGCUUUGAAAGUAGGUUUCAUUAACUUUACAUGGAUUAGAUAUCAAUGUUUGGAUGAAGCAAUUAAGUCAUUUUCCUUGUGAUCUAUUAUUGAGUGGUGGGGUAGGAGCUGGGGAUUCAGAACAUUUUGUG